CCAGGCUGGAGUGUGUUCAGCAGCAUCAUGGAGGUUAGCAGUCACAGACGUGUCUUUAGGAGAAUCCGAUACCGUGGCCCGGUUUGGUUGUUAAAGUGACUGCUCCUCUGAUAUGUACGUUGGGGAGGGGAGCCGUGGGACCUGGCUGUGAAUUAUCUAAAUCCUACCAGCUAAUAAAUGUGCUGUGCUUGUGCCUCAUCAUAGUCGACUCACUUCUUCUACGCUCCCGACGGCAGUUGGCAGCUAUUCAGCGUUGCAACCUUCAUACCGUUGGAUGACCUAUGGAGGCGGCCUCCCGAAAUGUGUGGAUAUCACGGACGCAUCCAAAUUGCCGCCGGAGUUGACAUUUCUAUUCACCAAAACCACUGAAUUCAUGUUUACAGGAGCCCAAGCUACGGCAUCGCUGAAGAUGUUGGAAUGCUGUGAUUGUUCUGAUACCUGGAAAUCCAUGGAACAUAUUGAGAAAUACUUCAAUGUAUUUAAGGCAGACAUGUCAGCGUGUGUGCAUGAUCACUGGAAGGAAGACGACUUUUUUGGGUACCAGUAUCUAAACGGCACCAACCCUGUACUGAUCAAACAGUGCAAACAGAUCCCUGCAAACUUCCCGGUCACCAAUCACAUGGUCAGUGGAUUCCUGGAGUCCAACUCCCUGCAGGAGGAAAUGGAGAAGGGGAAUAUCUUUCUGGUCGACUAUCAGCUGCUGGAGGAUGUCCCAGCCAAUACAAUUAAUGGACAUACUCAAUAUAUUCCUGCUCCGCUAUGCCUGCUGUACAAGGAUCCCCACAACAAGCUGAAACCCAUUGCCAUCCAGCUGAAGCAGACGGAAGACCUGGAAAACCCAAUCUUUUUACCCAGCGACAAUGAAGAAGACUGGCUGCUGGCAAAGAUCUAUGUGCGCAGUGCAGACUUCAACUAUUUUGAGCUGGUGACUCAUCUGCUGAGGACUCACCUGAUGGCAGAGGUGUUCUGCAUGGCGACGUUCAGAGAGCUGCCCUCGGUGCACCUGCUGUGCAAGCUCCUGACUCCCCACAUGCGAUACACUCUGCAGAUCAAUAUCAUGGCAAGGAAUCAACUGUUGGGUCCGGGUGGAAUCUUUGACAAGGGAUUCAGCACUGGAGGAAAAGGAAAGAUCAUAGUGUUGCAGAAAGCUCAAGCAUCCCUGACCUAUAGCUCCCUCUGUCUGCCAGAAGACAUUACAGCUCGUGGGCUUCAAGACAUACCCGGUUAUUACUACAGAGACGAUGGCCUUAAACUGUGGGCUGCGAUCAGCGGGUUUGUGAAGGGCCUGCUUCACCAUUACUACCCAAAUGACAGUGAUGUGUGUGAAGACACAGAGCUGCAGAGCUGGAUAAAAGCUAUCUUUUUUGAGGGCUUCCAGGGAAGGAUCGAGUCUGGUAUUCCAGACUCAUUCAGCACUGUUAAUGACCUGAACAAGUUUCUGACCAUGGUCCUAUUUACCUGUUCAGCGCAGCACAAUGCAGUCAACAAUGGACAGUUUGACUUUUGUGCCUGGAUGCCCAAUGCCUGUCCCACCCUGCGACACCCUCCUCCCACCAAGAAGGGGGAGACCACCAGGGCUGACAUCCUGGAAAGCAUUGCGGAUAUCAGCAGCACCGUCAGCUGUCUGGCUGCUGUAUGGCUGCUCACCCGCCCGUCUAGUGACUUUGUUAAACUGGGGUGCUACCCGGAAAAACGCUUCACAGAGAAGGAACCCACAGAUCUGAUUUCAGAAUUCCAGAAGGCUCUGGACACGAUUGACAACGAAAUAGUCCUUCGUAAUGAAGGCAUUGAACCAGAAUUCACCUGCAUGUGUCUAUCACUCAUUGAGAACAGUGUGGCUAUAUAAAUAAGCCAGAGUAAAAAUUGAACAACUCCACCCCGUAUUCACUGUAUUGGGGAUCCAUCUGUUUUGAUGUUUUCGCUUAAAUCUGAAUAUGGGGAGGAAUAAGAAAUGAAAUGCUUCAAAUCCAGAAUCAUUGAUGGCUUUCGUUUUUGUCUAACCCGUUUAUGCUAAAUCAUCUGUUGUCCAAUAUAAAUGAACAAACCUUUAUUGAAACAAAACAAAAAUUAAUGUUCAAAAGAAAACCUUGAGACCUAUAAUCUGGGGUUCAUUGAGUUUCCUUUCCCUAUAUGAGCAUUAUUUGUGGCUGGUUAAUAAAGGAGUAAGGUGCCAUAGUAACAUGUUUAAUGUGCUUUACUUAGUGGAUCCUUUAGUGGCUUGCUUCUCAGGCGUAUUUGUGAUUAAUUAAGGUUGGGAUUAGGGUUGUUACUUGUUUUGAAAUUUACCUAUUGCAUGUUAUAAAUCAACUAUUAAAAAUAAAGUUUGCUCAAUGCAGAUAUAUUACUAUGCACUGGCCUAUGCCCCUGUAUGUCUUUAAUUAUAUCUGAAGUUGCAUUUGCUUCUUGCUUUUGAAUAAUAAAGAAUUUUCAAUCGA